GGAGGAGAGGCUGUGCCUGGACCGGCUGGCAGACAGUAGACACCCCGGGGACAGUGCUUCUUCGGCCGCAGCUCAGCCCUGUGGUGGUGACAGCCCUGACAGCGACUGGAACAGGUCCCGACUUCACCAUCCCGUCUGUUAGAGCAAGAUGGCUGACGUGGAGCUGGUGAAGAAGAUGCUGCGGGCCGUCCUCCAGGCCAACAAAGGCGGAGUGUCACUGUCCCGUCUGCAGUCCGAGUACAAAGAACUGACCGGGGAGCAGAUACCGCACAAACAGAUGGGACACAACCACUUGGAUACACUGCUAGCCAGCAUGCCUUCUGUAGUCCGCACGGAGCGCAGCCGCUCUGGAGAGAUGGUGUGUUUUGCCUCAGGAGCUAAUGAGACGGCUCACGUUGCCAAGGUGGUGGCUCGUCAGCGCAGCUCGAAGAAGACAGGCCGACCCCACCUGGUCAACACCCAGAUGAGGGUCAAACCGGCUGCCCCGCUCGUCCUCAAUGCCAAACCUCAAACCUCUCUGAGGCAGCCGAACCACCGUGGGCGAGGCGGAGGUAGAGGAGGAGGCGGCGGUCGAGGGGCGGCACAUGGAGACUUCAGACAGGCGAGGGACAUGAGGGAUGGCCAGUCAGAGGGCAAGACUGGGGCGCAUCCGAACAAGAUGUCCAAUCAGAACACACCCAACAGAAAAGGGAACCCACCUGCAGAGAAAUCAGACAAGAGGAUGACCCUCCCGUCACGGUUUCAGAAGGAGGUGCAUGCUCACCUUUCCAGAAACUCCCAACAGACCGGUCCACCCUUGAAUCAGAACGAGAGUCUCGGCUCGGGGAAAGGAAAGCCCUACAACCCUCAGCAGGUGCAGGGUCGCAUCAGGGAGAUCCUGGGGAAGUACAGUAACGGGUUCUGGGUGUCGAAGCUGCCUCAGAUCUACAGAGAGCUGUAUAAACAGGACAUGCCCACUGAGGCCAUCAAAGACUUGGAGACCUGGACACACAUAUGCACUGUUGAGAAAACAUGCAGCAGCAACCCAUCGGAGCUGCUACUCUACCCUGCCAAGGAACAGACCACCACACCCUCUCCUCCACCCAUCCUUUGCCCAAACUCCACCUCUGCCCCUGUCCCAACUUCAAACACCCCCACAGACAAACCUGUGCAGUCCCCCACCCCGCGGAGAACCCCGAACAGCCAUCUGACUCGCUCUGGUUCUCACUCUCCUCAGACUCCACUUUCGUCCUCCUCGUCACCCAGCCCCCCCUCCUCCCCUGCCACCCUCAGUCCCGACCUGAAGCUGAAACUGGAGGAGCUGCUGGUGAAGUACUCCAACGGCCUGUGGGCCCACGCGCUGCCCAAGCUCUUCCAGGACACCUACAAAAUCAAACUGUCCGGACAUGUCCUGGAGAACCUUCACCUCCUCUCCGAUAUCUGCACCAUCAACUACCCGAUGCCUGACAACCCUAAGAGGGCCAUCUUGUACAAAAGGAGCAGCAGUGAAGGUGGAGAGGAUGAGAACUGGAAUAGGAGGAACUCCUCGAUCAGUGAGGAGGAGCUGAGGGUUAGGCAGGAGCUGGGGAGGAGGCUCAGUAACCAUGCAGUGCCUUCUCUGCAGAUCCCCAAAGAAGAGUAUCCCUCUGUGCUAGUGGUGGAGGCCACCAACACCAAUGGAGUUAUACUCAGGUACAUUGGUGAGGGUUACUCACAGGCACAGGAGUCCAUGGAAGAUGAAAUGAGGGAGUUUUACGGCCUGGACCAAAGCAAGCCAACUCCUUUGUCAUCUCCAUCCUCUGGCCAACUUGUUGCUGUCAGGGCCGAGGAGGAGGAGGAGAUUCUGAGAGCGCAAGUCUGCGAUGUCAUGGCUGACAAGGUCAAGGUGCACUAUGUGGAUCAUGGCUUCUCGGAGGUGAUCAGCAAAACCAAAGUGUUUGAGCUGCACGAGAAGUUUUUCCAACUGCCAUUCCAGGCGACCAAAUGUAAACUUGCAGGCCUGGAGCCAUUCCGUCAGGAGUCUGUUGUGUUGAAGAAGUUUGAGGCGAUGGCAAGUGGAAAGAUCCUACUGGCUGAGAUCCUUGAGAGAGGCCAGAUCCCUCUUGUUGUCCUGUACGACACGUCGCAGGAUGAUGAUGUCAACAUCAACGCUGCCUGCAUGAAAGCCCUGCAGGACAAGACGCUAGCCAGCCCGUUACAGAUGAACAGCGCUUAUAUGAACGUGACUGUCCGAAGCGUCUGCUCAGAUGGGACCAUCUACUGUCAGCUGCCCUCCAGAGGCCUUUCCAAGCUGAAUGAGAUACUGGAGAAUAUAGAGACAUACUUCCACUCUCAGGUAACAUCAGAGUUCCUGGUAUCCAGACCUUUCUGUGGGAAAAGAUGUUUGGCUCGCUACAAAGGCAAAUGGUCCCGCGUAGAGAUCACUAACCUGCACGGCAGCAGAGUGCUGGACAUCCUGUUCAUCGAUGUGGGCGUCCAGGCUUCUGUAGAGGUGUUUGAGCUGAGAGAGAUCCCACCGCCCUUCCUCCGUGACCUCAUGGCCAUCCCGCCACAGGCUGCAAAGUGCUGUCUAGCAGACCUGGCUGUCAGUGUUGGAUCCUGGACUCCAGAUGCUGUCCAAUGGCUUCGAGAGAAAGUGCUCAACACCACAGACUGUAGCAUGAAGGUUGCUAAGGUAGAUGAAACCAAGCGCUGCAUCUAUGUCCACCUUUUCACCGACAAGAACUUCCACGACCCGGCCCGCAGCCUCAACCAUCAGAUGGCCCAGUCUGACCUGUUCAAACAGCAACCAGACGUUUUCCUGACCAGCCACAGCCCUGCAAAGAUCUCCACAGCCACUUUAUCCUCCAAGACUCCCAGCACCAACAACUGCACUAAUGGCAGUCCAACGUCAAGUUCUGCCCCAGCCAAGCCUCAUGUAAGGAGGGCUCUAUUAGGACCCAGAGGAGGUGGAGGAGCCAACACAACCACCACCAGCCAACCACAGACACCAACACCCCCCUCAUCCUCUCUCCACCUGCCACCAUUACUAGAGCUGCCCCCAGCAGGAAACAACAUAGACGUCUAUGUAUCAGUGGCGUGCCAUCCGGGCCACUUUGUGCUGCAGCCCUGGAGAGAUAUGUACAAACUGGUGGUGUUGAUGGGAGAGAUGAUUCUGUACUACAAUAAAACUGAGGAGAAACCACUCAACAUAGAGAAGAAUCAGAUAUACGCAGCUAAAGUGGAGAACAGCUGGCAUCGUGUGUUAGUGAAGGGAGUUCUGACCAAUGGGUUGGUGUCUGUGUACGAGUUGGACUAUGGUAAACAUGAGCUGGUGAGCUGCACACAGCUCAGACCUCUGAUCAAAGAGUUCAGACAGCUGCCGUUCCAGGGAAUCACUGCUCAGCUGGCUGGACUGAAGCCGAGGCACUGGUCGGAGGAAGCUUCCAUCGUUUUCAGGAACCACGUGGAGAAGAAACCGCUCGUGGCCCAGCUGGAGGCCUUACAGGAAGCCACUAACCCGUGGGACAGGAAGUUGAUGGUCUUCCUGGUCGACACUUCACAGGAAGAAAAGGACAUCUGGGUGCAUGACAUCAUGGCUGAAUUUGCUGAUGAGCUGACCAACGAGCCGUAGAUAACAAGGUCAUCGACGAGUCUUACUAGCAUAGCUGUUGUCCUGUUGCUCAAUGAAGACACUGGAGGUGUGGAUAGAGGAAAUAGAAGAAGCUUAUCUAUCUUUACCUAUCUACCAUGUAGGGGGACUAAAAGAGGAAAGUAAUGAGGGAGAAGUUGGAGGGAAAUUGAGGGGAUUGAUAGCAUGUAGAGACUGGCAUACACAGAAAGACGAGUAGGUGUUGUGCUUUGGGAUGUACAUCGAAGGAUGUUGUGACGUGAUUUUGAGUGACUGCAGUGUGACCAUUGGACAUUACACCCAUGCAUGAUGUUGGUCAAAACUUCCCCGAAUACUCAAAACACACAGAAAUAUAUUGUAUUGCUGAAUUUAACCAUAAUAUCCUCACAAAGCUGUGUAAGUGAUUCAACAUGCAUUCUAUACCACUGGGUACAGGUACACUCAACCCUGUCAAUGUGAGCAACAUGCAAAGUGCACAAAAUGUUCAAAUGAACUCUUCUCUUAUCUACAUUUGUUUACAGAAUCUGCUUUUUGGAUGGUAUUUCUUAAAAUGUUUCAAAAAGUCAGAGCAAACAUUCCCCUAAGAGGAGAGGAAACAGACGUAAGGUAGAGACCCGUAUGUAGUUUAGUCGAGUUUAAUGACAAAAACACUUUUUGUAUAUGCUUAAAUAAACUUUUUUUGUUUUUGCAGUUGCUCCUCUUUAGCACAUGAAUGCUAACACAGAGUCUACUGGUCUUACUGUCCAAGCAGGACACACAAGAUUAACAGGGUUUGGUGAGGAGGGAGAUUUUCGAUGUGAGAUUUUUCUUUCUUUUUUUAUCGCAACAUUAGUUGUCAGUGGCGGUACAUCCUGUACGUACAGCAGAAGACAAAUUGACACACAGACAUGCAGAGUUCCUCACACUUUUGACUGUUAAUUCCUUAAAGCUGGACCGCCUCGUCCAUCUCUUCUCCUUUGAAACGCAGAGUUGAGUUUCUCUCCUUUUUAAUUCUGUUUUUGUUUGACAACGAGACUUUAAUUUCCCCAGAUCACACAUGCUGCAUGUUGCAGGACCUUCUUAAUCAUGCACAUAUAGUUUGAUGUUAUACUAAUAAGCAGAUCAAGUUACCAGUAGUGUUAAGAUUUUACAUUUUCAAAAAGAAGAUAAGUUCUAGUGCCACCAUCAAAUGUUGGCCUGAUUCUAUUCUGAUUUUUCUGACACACCUGCACCGUGGUUUUGGACGUGCAAAUGCUUCUCCAAUUCUGAAGACAGUAGACCUGACAAAGCUCAAAGCUGCAUCGUUGUUAACAAGGGACAUGAAUUUAAUUUAUAUUGAACUUUUAUUCUCUAGAAGAUGUUAUUACUUUAUCAUUUUGUUGUCUGACAAUGACCUUGUAAUAAAAUACUUUUUUUUGGAAUAAAGUCUGUUUGAAAGGA